AACAAGGGGAGAGAGAGAGAGAGAGCAGAAGGCCCUCUUUAAAGCCGGCUAAACAAACAAAUCCGGAGCAUCCAAUCCAAACCAAGCAGGACUCCAACUCAGAGCCAGAGAAAACGCUCGACAGUCGACAUGGCCUCCACAGCCCUUUGAACUUUCAACGCUCUCUUCCCCCAAAUCCGAUUCCAAAUUCCCAAACCCUAACCUAUACAUACACAUAUAUUGUAUCUGGAGCGGUUAUGGCGGCGACGAUCGAAGGGCAGGACAGAGUGAUGGCCACGGCGCAGCAGAUCGUGAAGAGUCUCAACACGUCCAAGGACGCGACGCAGGAUAUGAUACUGAUCUUCUCCAGCUUCGACAAUCGGUUGUCUAAUAUCAGCAGUUUGAUGUCGAAUCCUGACGGUGCCGGCGACGGCGAGGGGGAUUCUCGGUUCGAUUGCGCUGAAAAGGUGAUUCUUCGGUGGGACGCGGAGUCCGAGCCGUCGCGGCACUGGGAGGACUCUCCGGACGACGCGGCGGAGUACCUGGCAGCCGUCGACGAGAUCCUCCAUUUGACCGAGGGCCUCACGAUCCAGAACGAGAGUGAAGUAGUGGAUCGAGCUGAGAGCGCGCUCCAGCUGGCGAUGUCGAGGCUGGAGGACGAGUUUCGGCAUAUUUUGAUACGGAGCACGGUGCCGCUUGACGCUGAGAGGCUCUACGGUUCCAUACGGAGGGUUUCCCUCUCGUUCCCGACGAAUGAUGUCGAAAUUGGGGAUUUCGAGAGUUUUGCCGAGGACGAUCAGGUGAGUUGCUAUCACGAGAGAGGUGCGAGCUUGGCGGAUGAUGUGUGCGUGGACAUGGUUCAUCCUCAUGCUGUGGUGGAGCUGAAGGAGAUUGCUGAUCGGAUGAUUAGGUCUGGUUAUGAAAAGGAGUGUUGCCAAAUUUACAGCUGUGUCCGCCGGGAUGUGCUCGACGAGUGUUUGUCCAUUCUGGGGCUUGAGAAGCUCAGUAUCGAGGAAGUUCAGAAGAUUGAUUGGAGGUUAUUGGAUGAGAAAAUGAAGAGGUGGAUUCAGGCUGUUAAGAUUGUGGUUAAAGUGCUUUUGCCUGGUGAGAAGCGGCUUUGCGAACAGAUAUUUGAUGCCUCUGAAUUAAUAAAAGAGGUCUGCUUCAUCGAGACUGCCAAGGGAUGCGUGAUGCAGCUGUUGAACUUUGGCGAGGCAGUUGCAAUUGGAAAGAGGUCGUCUGAGAAGUUGUUUAGGAUACUUGAUAUGUAUGAUGUACUGGUGGAUGUUGUGCCGGACCUGCAAACAUUGUUUAGUGAUGAAUCUGGGGAACUAGUGUGCACUGAGGCCCAGGGCGUGCUUAAUGGACUGGGGGAGGCAGCUAUUGGCACAUUGGUGGAGUUUGAAUAUGCCGUUCAGGGUGAAGCAUCUAAGAAAGCAAUCCAAGGUGGUGAGAUUCACCCACUGACACGGUAUGUGAUGAAUUAUGUGAAAUUGCUAGUGGAUUACAGUGCUUCCCUGAAUUCUCUUUUGGAGAACUGUGCAGAUGAAUCAGUUCAUUUGCAAAGGGAUGAAUACGAUAGUGUGCAGUUUGGAGACAUGUCUCCAAUUGCAGGCCGUUUACUUUUGUUGAUGGAGUCUCUGGAAUUGAACCUAGAGGAGAAGUCAAGAAUGUAUGAGGACAGCGCAAUGCAAUAUGUAUUCUUGAUGAAUAAUACACUUUACAUAGUUCAGAAGGUGAAAGAUUCCGAUCUUGGAAAACUUUUGGGAGAUAAUUGGGUUCGCAAGCGCCGUGGUCAGGUUCGACAACAUGCGAGGAGCUAUCUCAGAGCCUCAUGGAGCAAAUCUCUAUCGUGUUUGAAAGAUGAAGGAAUUGGUGCUAACUUGAGUAAUGCUGCCAAGGUGGCUUUAAAGGAAAGGUUUAAGAACUUUAAUUCCUGUUUUGAAGAAAUUUAUAGGAUCCAGACAGCUUGGAAGGUCCCAGAUGCUCAACUUCGUGAGGAACUUAGAAUAUCCAUAUCAGAGAAUGUAAUUCCAGCAUAUCGGGCAUUCUUGGGAAGGUUCCGGAAUCACCUAGAGAGCGGACGGAAUGCUGGGAAAUACAUAAAAUACACAGCAGAAGAUUUAGAGAGCUAUUUAUUGGAUCUAUUUGAAGGGACACCAGGAGUUCUGAACCACAUGAGAAGAAAAAGUUCAUAGGACAGAGCUUUUUUUAUUCAAGGAGCACUCUUUUGUGGAAUCGGAACAAAAGGGAUUUGUAGAGAUAUUUAAGAAGAAGCUUGAGAAGAAGAAGAAGAAGCAAAACUGGGAGAAAGAUGAAGCAAAGCCAGGAGUGAAACUGAGAAGAGAGAGAAUACGCAGAGCGGAAAUCAAAGCAAUUAUAUUCGAUAAUCAAAAGCAUGAAUAAAGGAAUAAAUAGGGUUCGAUAAAAUGAUUAUGAAUCCAAAUCCUAAUCAAAAUAAAAAAAUAGAAUUGCCUAUAUUUAAUCUAAAUAUGAUUUCUAAAAUUUUUAAAAAAUAGAUUUUAUCACAAUAUGCCUAUAUUUAUCCCUAUCAGUCUCUUGUGGA